AUGGCCUGUCAAAGAAUUGGGGUGGCUCUGGCCCUGACCAUGGUGGCGGCACUCUGGGCGGGGGCGGCGGCACAGUCAUCGUCGGGCUGCACGAACGUGCUGAUCAGCCUGUCGCCAUGUCUGAAUUAUAUCACCGGUAACUCAUCGACACCAUCCUCCAGUUGCUGCUCGCAGCUUGCGAGUGUGGUGAAGUCGCAAGCUCAGUGCCUGUGCGAAGUCAUCAAUGGUGGUGGAUCCUCCUUAGGGAUCAAUGUCAACCAGACACAGGCUCUGGCUCUCCCUGGUGCUUGCAAGGUUCAGACCCCAUCCAUCAGCCGCUGCAAUGGUAAGAAUGUUUUCUGA